UCUGGUCACAGCAGCAAACCUCCUCAUGGCUCUUUGGAUAGCAGCAUGCGUCUACCUGUGCUUUCUGCUGGCAGUAAAUUGCUGGCAUGAUCUGGACAACACAGAGUACGACUGUUGGCCGAUCAACAGUCCAAAUGAUUACAACAUGAUUAGCUGUGGUGGUCUGGAAAUGGCUUGGGUGCAGCGUCCCCCAGAGAAAGUGACCAAUGGCGAGGAGUUCAAUGUCUCAUACACGGUGACAGCUUCAGAUUCCUUCUAUGAGUACGCAGUCAGGAACAGGAUCUUCCAGUUUAGUGAUGCGUCAGAGGCAAAGAGGUUCUGUCAUGAACACGAGUGCCCGUCGAACUGGAACAACGCCAAUGAAAUGAACUGCUGUGUGUAUCACGCCAACAUCCACUCCUGUCCCUUAGGCCUCAUGAAACAAGGUGGAAUCUGUGGCCCGUGGAUUCCUGACGAUGGUAAAAUAGUGACUCACACUGUUUCCAAAGCAGGCAAGAUGACCCAGAAAUACUGGACUUCAAAGGUGGUGCUGAUCCAUGUGGGAGUCACCUCAGUCAUUGCUCAUAUCAAAAUAGGACAGAUGCACGCAGCGCUGGAGUCCAAAGUGCUUGUUGUCAGUGCCCAAGUGUGCGGGGAUGACGUCUGCGAGCUGGAGGAGACCUGUCUGAACUGUCCUGCCGACUGCGGCAUCUGCCCAAUGUCCAUUACAAUCAAAGUAGCCAUUGGGCUUCCGGUCGCCCUCUUCAGCAGUGGCUUCAUCCUGACCAUGGUGUGGCUCCAGUACCAGAAACAGAAGAUGUUUUGGGAUGAAAGCUGGAUCAUCAGCUACAAGAACAUAAUAUUUGGUAGAGUGUGCUGGAUGGGGAACGGCAGCACCACCAGCCUGCAGCGCGUCAAGAGUAACUCCACUGUGAGUCGAACUACUGAUGUGACUGUGUGCACCGAAGUCAACACCUCCUUCAAACAGGGCUUCAUCCAGCCAGGCAUAUAUGAUGGGAGGACGGUAGCAGUGAAACACAUCCAGAAGAAACACUUCACCCUGUCUAAAACCAUCAGGAAGGAGGUGAAAGAAGUCAGGCAACUGGACCACCCCAAUCUAUGCAAGUUCAUCGGUGGUUCCAUUGAGGUGCCCUAUGUGAGCAUCAUCACAGAGCACUGCCCCAAAGGAAGCCUGUCUGAUGUCCUGCUGAAUGAUGACAUCCCCAUCAACUGGGGCUUCAGACUGUCCUUUGCCACUGACAUCGCCCGUGGGAUGUCUUACCUCCACCAACAUAAGAUGUUUCAUGGGAGGCUUCACACCAGAAACUGUGUUAUUGAUGACCGCUGGGUGUGCAAAAUCUCAGAUUAUGGGCUCAUGGCCUACAGGAAGGAGGACUUUGAGGCCAUCAGUAAUGGCUUCAACUGCAGCGAUGUAAACCGUAUUUACUGUGCUCCAGAGGUCCUGCUGGGAAGCAGCUCCAACAUGACACCAGCAGCGGACGUCUACAGCUACUCCAUGAUUCUGGUUGAGAUUGCGACUCGCUCUGACCUCAUUUCAGACCAGACUGAGGGAGUGAGGAUGGAUAUCAUGUGGCGCCCCCCUCUGCCUGAACUCAAAGCAGGGAAGGCAGAUACUGACUGUCCCAGCCAAGGAGACUACUGUGAGCUGAUUAAGAAGUGCUGGUCUCACAACGUCACCAUGAGGCCCACAUUUGAGCAGGUGAAGAAGAUGCUUGACAAGAUGAACCCACACAAAGUCAGCCCAGUGGACAUGAUGAUGAACCUGAUGGAAAAGUACAGCAAACAUCUGGAGGCCAUAGUUGCUGAGAGAACACAGGACCUUCUUCAAGAGAAACAGAAGACGGAUCGAUUGUUAUACAGUAUGUUACCAAAGCCAGUGGCUGAUGACCUCCGUCAAGGUCGAACAGCAGAGGCUCAGAGCUUCUCCAAUGCCACUGUCUACUUCAGUGAUAUUGUUGGAUUUACUCAACUGUCUGGUGCCAGCACUCCCCACCAGGUAGUGGACUUCCUCAACCAGCUCUACACCACCUUUGAUGACAUUAUUGACAAUUAUGAUGUCUACAAAGUGGAGACAAUAGGCGAUGCUUACAUGGUGGUCUCUGGGGUCCCUAAAGAAAAUGGCAUCAAUCAUGCUGGAGAGAUAGCCAGCAUGGCUCUGGAUCUGGUAAGCGUCUGCCACAAUUUCAAGAUCCCCCACAAGCCCAACACGCAGCUAAAGAUCCGUGCUGGCAUACACUCAGGACCUGUUGUUGCUGGUGUGGUUGGCACCAAAAUGCCACGCUACUGCCUUUUUGGAGACACUGUCAACACAGCAUCACGAAUGGAAUCAACCAGUGAAGCUCUGAAGAUCCAGGUGAGUGGUGCCACAGCUGACCUGCUUCACACACUCAGAGGUUAUGUUCUGACCUGCAGAGGAACACUUAAUGUGAAGGGCAAGGGGGAGAUGACAACAUGGUGGCUUGAAGCAAAGAGAGACGAUCACACAGACCCGCUGCUCAGAACAUCUGAAUCCAGAGGAGUCCCAGUACCAGUUAGUGACUAAGUCUGGGUUAGAGACUAAUAUGUGAGAAUAAGUGUAUAAAAAACUGGUUAGGCUUGGUGUUGUGAAACUGAUCUGAGUCCAGUGAGUUAUUUUAGGGUAAAAAGUGCAGAUACUGUAUAAUGAGGUUAAAUUAAGAUGAAAAACUAUCAUGAAUGUAGAUGUAAUGCUGCACUGUAAAUUCACCAGAGGAUACUAGUAAAGUGCUUAAUUGUUGCUGUUCAUUAUCAUAGUUCCAUUAUUGUGACCAGGGGUAAUGAUGACAAGACCAAUCCCACCGACAAUUAGAAGAAAUGCACAAUGACUACAAAAACAUAUUUUUUGUAAUAUGAUUGCGCAGAACAUGGUCGUGUAUUGAUUUAUUUUUUUGCACUUGUUGGAAGGAAUGUAAAAGAAAUAUGCAGAAAAACAUGCCAGAGCUGAGGAAGUGCUGUUUUUGCUACACAUGCUACUAUGAUUAAUUUUCUAUCAUACAUAGAUUUAUUUAUAUUGUUGCAAUCUGAGGCACUUUUCUGUUUUCUGGUAAAUUAAAAGUAAAGGAGAUGUUCACUGCCUGAAAAUAAUAAACUCCAUCUUUGACUAAGAAGUAUCACCUAUAUAGUUUGAUAUCUUACCUUUCAAACAUUUUGAUUAAGAACUGGAAUCUGACAAUACAUGUCAUAUUAGGAAGAGCAUAUGAGUAUUUAAUAAAUGUGAUAAUGGAUAAUGAUUUCACUGGUGUUGCUUCCAAGAAAUCUAAAAAACUGAUGGUAAUGUUGGUAGUUCCACCUGUGGUUUUGUUUGCUCUAGAAUGGUUGAUUUUCCUAACAACAGAAGUACAAGUCAUUUGGAACCAAACUCUUCUGUUAAAGCUUCCUGUGAUUUUGCUUUGAAAAUGUACAUACAGACUAGAUCUGAUAAACACAAACAAUUACCCAUUACUUUUGUAGAAUAAGAAUGAACAGUUGUCUGUAGUGUUUUUAAAAUAUCACUUACUGUGCAGUGCAAAGUUAUUUUAUUGUACUGUUCUUAUAUUCAGUGAUGAUAUAAAUUGCA